GACUGAGCUUCAGAAGACCUCUCCACCAGCGACCGAGCCCAUGUACCAUCCAACCAGGGGCGGCACACGCGGCGGCGCGGCCGAGUUCUCGUGGGACGCUGUCCGUCAGGACAAGCACCGCGAGUUCUACCUUGGCCACUCGAUCCAGGCGCCCACGGGCCGCUGGCUGCACGGACGGGAUGUGCAGUGGUACAACAAGGACGAGAGCAAGGACGAGGGCGAAGCGGCCGACAAGCGGCGGCAGGAGCUGCUCGAGGUCAAGCGGAGGGAGAUGGAGGAGAUGGAUCGCCGGCUGGGCAUUCAGCCUGCGCUGACGAAGGAGGAGCGAAAGGCGGCAAAGAAGCUCGCAAAGAGGGAAGUCAAGGAGCAGCGCAGGGAGGAGAGACGCAAGCGGAGGGCAGAAGACGGCAGGCAUCGACACCACCGGUCGAGAGAGAGCGAUGCAGAGGAC